AUGGCCGAGACCCUCAUGUCCAAGGGCGGGGUCGCUGAUGUCCACGAGGCCUCUUUCUAUACCAUCGUGACAGCAGAGAUUUUCGUCUGCAUUGCCAUAGUCGGCGUUGCUUUUGCGUGGCGCUCCGAUGCCCUGUCAAACCCCGAGCAUGGCACCAUUGCUGAUGCUCUCGAAACAGGUGGAUAUCGGGAAGAGUACUUCUGGGAAAGAAUGCACGUGCUCUUUUGUAACUCGUGCGUGGCACUUCUGGCCUGUUGCGCUUGGGUCUUUCUGCUGUGUGCUUCACCCUUUAUCGCGGAGGGACUUUGUCAAGAAGCCGGUUGCGCAGAAAUCCUGCCACAGCGGAUGAUUUCCGUUGCCAACAUUGCUGCAACACUGGGUCGGUUCUUGGCUUUGAAGGUGUCCCAUGCGCCCGGGGCACCGAUGCUGGUUCUGGAAAGCUUGAGCCUUCUUGCUCUGGGCCUCUUGAUAGUUCUUCCCUGCGUAUGGCACUGGGUGCCAGAAAUGCCUUUCUCUGAAGCCCUAGUGACUGGGCUGCCGAUCGCAGGAGGCAUUACGUUGUGGAGCAACUCCCUCCUGAUGCGGAACGACCACAGCUCACAAGCUGCUUGCGGCCACAGCAUCUAUGCACCAUGCCCGGUCACGACCGAGAUCACAUGGCUAUCACUGCAGGUAGGAUCCAUUUCCGGAACACUACUUGCAGCCGCGCUAUGA